UGUUAGCUGCUGGAUUGAUUCUUUUGAUUCAUGCACUUUUAUUCACUAGGACUGCUAAGAGGUGCCUUUGUUUGCAACCUUUAUUCUCUUGGGGCAUGAAUUUUAUCUUUCUUGCCUUCAUGGAGCCAUGCUUAGAUAUUUGUUACUUCUCUCCCUGCUUCCCGUUCGCAAAUGUCUCUUCUCCACUUCCUGCUGGCGCAUUUCCCUCGUCGGACUGUCUGACAUCAUAGCGAGGGAUUGCUUCAUCAACUUCGGCAAGCACAGUGGUCGAAUGCUUGGCUCCCUCCCCUCCUCUUACCUAUCCUGGAUGGCUAAAAACCUUCGCGCCGGAAAUUUUCUAGACUGGGCCCGCCUCGCCGACGAGGUCCUCGCCGACCCAAUCUACCGCGACCGCCUGGAAAGGGAGUCCGCCGAGCGCCUCCUCGCUGGCACUGCUGGAUACCGCCGUCCCUUCGAUUCCCCUGUCGCCGGUUUCCUUUCAAUGAGCGAAACCUUCGGGUGGAACAACGAUGACAAGGAGGGAUGAGCCAGGGUUGAUUUUCACUUGCUCGGUAUAUCAAUGGGCGGUAGGAUUCCGCGGCGCUCGUCGGAGGUAUUGAAAGAUCAUGACUUGGUAAGGAAAGCUGCGGUUUUUAAGGCGGAAAACAAGGUGAGGCGGGAGAGGAGGAGGGAGAAGAGGAUUAUCCGGGUGGAGAAGAUGAGGAAGGAGGAUGAAGAGAAGAAGAGUGAUGAUAGGAUGCUUGUGGAGAAGAAGAGAGAUUUAAGAGAUAAAGAUGCAGAAAGGCUUGCCAAUCCUUUUCCUGGGAGAGGAAGUCUGCUUCAGAAGGUCAAGACAAAAGGAGCCUGA